AAUUACAACAAAUCUCGUAUUCAUUCAUUCCGUGGUGCAAAAGACGUGGCCAUUACUUUGGAUGGUAGAUGUAUUUUCAAAGGCGAAAUUGCACGUGCAAGUGGUGGAAUACUGGGGCAAACUGACACAUUUGGAGAUACUAUUCUGUUCACAAUGGAGGAUGAUAUUUUAGAGUCUAUGUCACAAUAUGACGAGACAUAUGAAGGUGAGGAUCUGUUCAGUGCUAGAGUUGAAGAUAUACAGAGACCGUUAACAGCUGGUGAAGAUGACGUAAGGCCAUUUACUUCCGCUGCUGUGAAUUUCCCAAAAGAAUCACCACCACAACAGUUGUCACCAACCCCUGAAGACUAUGUACCAACCAUUGCUGCCACUACUACUACCAAGUCAUUGAUUGGUCAACGUCUGAAGUUAAAUUUCACAGCUACUUGGGGAGAUAUUCAUUAUCUUGGAUUAACUGGAUUAGAGAUAUUAGAUGUGAAUGGCGAUGUGAUCGAUAUUAGAUUAGAUCAGAUUGAUGCUAAUCCUAGAGAUCUCAACAUACUACCAGAAUAUAAUAAUGAUGAUAGGACACUAGACAAGUUAUUUGACGAUAAUAAUAUUACAAUGGUGGAUCAGCAUAUGUGGCUGAUACCGUUCUCUGAUGGCAUGGAUCAUACACUCAUUAUAAACUUUGACACGCCGAUGGAAGUAUCUGGACUUAGAAUAUGGAACUACAAUAAAUCUCCUGAAGAUACAUAUCGUGGAGCUAAAACUGUGCAUGUGUCAUUAGACAAUCAAACAUUAUCCCCAUCAGAGGGGUACCUCAUCAGAAAAGGACCUGGCAAUUGUUUCUUUGAUUUUGCUCAGGAGAUAAUAUUUAACAACACAAGUACAGGAAUUGCUAGUGAUAACACUGCAAUGGAUAAUGUAAGGGGCAGUGUGGUGGAAUCUGAAGAACCAAGUCAGGAUUAUGAAUCAAUGAUUAUGCCGUGUGGAUUUGUGUUUCAGUUACAGUUGUUAUCAACAUGGGGUGAUCCUUAUUACAUUGGUCUCAAUGGACUGGAAUUUUAUGAUGAUCAUGGUCAACGUAUAGCUCUAACACAAAGCAACAUUGCUGCCUAUCCUGCUAGUGUUAAUGUCUUGGAAGGUGUGGAGAAUGACGUCAGAACUCCAGAUAAAUUAAUAGAUGGUAUGAAUGAUACAAUGGAUGGAAGACACAUGUGGUUAUCACCUAUGCUACCUAACGUGAUUAAUUUGGUGUAUGUGAUUUUUGACCAGCCGAUGACUGUGUCUAUGAUAAAGCUAUGGAAUUACAGUAAAACAUCAACCAGAGGUGUUAAAGAGUUUGCUUUGUUAGUAGAUGAUCUAUUGAUCUAUAAUGGUACAUUGGGUCAGGUUACGCAGGCAGCAAGAGGCAUCCUCCCAACUUGUGAGGCUCCAAUACAAUACCAUACUAUACUCUUCACCAACAAUAAGCACAUUUAUGAAAAAGAAAAACGUACAGUUAUAAGCAAUCAAAACAAAGAUCAAGAUGUGCAGCUAACUAAUGAUAGCCGUAUAAUGGCACAUUACAAUGAUCCACAGAAUAAUCCCACAGUAGACCAAGCAUUGAGGCCUAAGACAAGUGUACCAGCUUCUGUAAGAAAGAAAUUUCCAAGAUUUUGAUGCAACUGAUACUAAAGACUAAAGUUGAAGUAAAUAAUCAUAACCCAUUGGACAAGUUUUACUUUUCAGUAAAUGUUAGGAGUACUUCAGUGUUUGGUGGCGCUGUUCACACCUACAGGCAGAUUAACUUAGCCUCGCAUAUUUUCUGGAACUGAUUGUAGCCAUGAGGCUUAACAGAGUGGGGCCAUUAGACGAAGAUAUGGGUCCCAUGUGACAUAUACAAAGCAUGUGAAAUUAUACAAUUUGUUUGUUUGCACCACGACCUCAACCCUUUAACCUCCUUCUUAUUAUGAAUACCAAUGUACCACAUGUUGUGUACACUUUGUGAUCCAUCUUGAGCUGCUCUGUCCUGCAUGGUGUACUCACGAUGGAGACAAUGUAAAGUAAUUUUUUUUAAAUUGCUGAUUGUAGAUGUCCAUCAAUGCAAACAUGCACGCUCUGGUCAUUGAUCCUUUGACGCUGACAUUGAAUGUAUUCUGAAUAUAUAUGCACAAAUAUUUGAAUUCAAAUCACAACUUUACGGAUUACAUUGUAAUAAUAUCUAAUGUGUGUUACAUGUUCAUAUCAACCGGUUAUGAGCAGUAGAAUCCCUUGAACUUGAUGGCUAUAUAUAUUGUAGAUGUGCUGUUCUUUUAAGUGCUAUUUACAGCUUUUAUGCAUAUCUCAAAUUUGUGUUGCUGAUUUAUUUGUAUAUUUUGUAUACUUUUAGAAAAAGUUAGUUCACUUGUUAUACUUGUAUUAAAAUGUAAUUAUUUUAAAUUUGUAUAUAGGCUAGUUAUUACAAUAAAUAAAUGUACAUGUUUCUUUA